AUGUCUGGUUUCGAUGUGGCUGCCGGUGCUGCCGGUAUAGUAUCAUUGGGAUUCCAGCUCAUUGAAACUUCCAUAAAGCUCAACAGGAUCGUCAAGGCUGUCAAAGAUGCGCCACGCACGGUGGAGAAACUGGUCGAAGAGCUGAAGACCAUGGGCAUGUUUCUGCAGCAUAUUCAACAGGAUCACCAAUACUGUCCUCCCAGUGGCGCCAUUUUGGAUCAAUGCCUGGUCAUUUUCCAACAUUCGACUUUUGAAUUACGAGAACUGGUCGACAAGAUGGAGACCUGUCUCGCCAAACGUCCCCGGCUAGGCGGCAAGUUGUACGUUGCAUACAAAGAUCACGACAUCAAGGAGCUACUUGGAGACCUGGAAAGAGCCAAAACCUCGCUCGGGUUUGCUUUCAAAAUGCAUUGCGAUGAGAUACAGAGGCAGCAACGACAAACGUCCCUCAUCGCUCUGACCCAGCUUGUUACUACCGAGAACGCAAACAUCUCGCGACAACUGAGCCCUAUUGCGGAGGCCACUACCGAGCUUCGUCGACUACAAAGCAUGAUGUCCGAGUCCCAAAGGCAACGAAAUCAAGCAUACACCACCGCUCUAGCCCAAGUUGCUUCCGAGACCGCCGACAUCUCGCGACAACUAAAAGCUUUUACGGAAUAUUCUGCAGAACUCCGCUCAACGAAAGGGCGCAGAAACGAGAUACCAGACCUGGAAAUUGCGACUACCAACCUGGCUUUGUCGUCGUGUCUUGGACGUCACUUUUUCAGUUUCCUGCUCUCCUUGGACGAUCUAUACAUACAAUGUCUUACCAGCCGACUCACCAAUAUUUCGCCUGUGGCUGCUAAGCAUGGGCAAUUAGACAUCUGCCAAUAUCUUCUUGGUCAGACAAUUUGGCCAGACCACACCACUGUCCUGAAUAGCGCUCUUGGCCGAUUUUCAUUAUGGAAUAGGCGGCGCAAAACAGAUAUGUAUCGUCUAUUCAUGGACGAUCCAGGCUUUCAUGCCGACCUCGAAGCGGACUCUCGAUAUUUGUGGCUGCACUGGUGUGAGGAUGUUGGAGCCCUUGAUGUCGUGUUACAAACACAGCUCUUGAGCUUCAAGACUCAGCCGGCCGAGUUGAGGUUUGAAAUAGUCUCACGUGUCAGGUUUCUAUCUGCCUCGGCCUUCAUUCGAUGCAUCGGCUUGGACCCAUCAGAACCAGAACUCGCUAAUCUGCAAAGCCAGAAGGGGCUGACUGUAUUGCACUAUGUGGCUAGUCAUCUUUGGAGGCUUGCACAAGCCAAUUCUGCUGCCCACGGUGAGGAAGUCCUCUCGUGGGUGAGUAUUGGAGCCAGUGUCUUGCGGAAUGGUGCCAAACCUUGCGCUAUUGCAGACAUCGAGAACGAUUUGUGGCUGGCACAUGGCGAUUCACAAUCAGCCUCUAGAUGGCAUAGACAGGAAGUCUUUACAAAAGUCACAAGAACCACGCCACUCAUGAUCUGCGUUGGACAUCCUGAUUGGCAAAUCCGGACAGCCGGUUCUGCUGAAUGUGUUCAUAAUUUCCGCAGAAUCUCCAAGACACUGAGAAUUUGGGUUGAAAUGGUACAGAACGCUGGAUUUGACCUCGAAAACUACGGAUCUGAGGAGUUGGAGGCAUGGAAGAGCCUUCCCGACUCUGAAAGUUAUUUGCGUCCCAAUAAAGUCGCAAACCCGUAUUUCAGAGACUUUCCCAGAAUAACCCACCUUACAGCCAACUACGACCCAGAACUAUCAUGUGGCGUCCAACUCAUGAAGAGGACCAGGAAGGAAUUUGGGAAUUGA